AGAGGAAGAGGUGGCCAACAAAGACUUACCUUUUAAAACUUCACAUGCAAAGUAUUCGGCUUGUGUCUGCAUGCAUGAUUAACAGAUAUACUUAGACACUGGAUCACAAGGAUGCAAGAAAGAAGCGGAAUCUUGAGAGAGGGCUUUCUUGUUAAAAAGAAGGCUCCAUGUGCUGGAGGAAUGCACAAGAAGAAUAGACUGGGUCAUGUUGUCCACAACUGGAAGACAAGGUGGUUUGUUCUUCUCCAAGAUAGGCUGCUCUAUUAUAAAUUUGCGGGAGGAAAGAAAGAGGCUUCUCCAAAAGGCACAAUUCUUCUGGACUGCUGUACAAUCACAUGCCCAUGUUUGGAAUAUGAAAACAGGCCGCUGGUUAUUAAACUGAAGACAAAAAACAAUAUAGAAUAUUUCCUUGAUUCAUGCUCCAGAGAAGAACGCGAUGCUUGGGCAUUGGAUAUCACUGGUGCUAUUCACGCUGGCAAUCCAGUUCAACUUCAGCAGCUUCACCUUAAGAAGAAUUCCUUCAAACUGCCUUCAAAUAUCAGCCUGAAUCAUGUUAUAGAUAAAAUGCAUGACAACAGUAGCGGAGUUAAGCUGACACCUAACACUGAACAAGGCACCAUGUAUAAAGAAAGCUUUACAGGUGCUGCACUGGUAGACUGGCUGAUUUCCAACCAUUUUUCUGCCACCCGGCUGGAGGCAACCACACUGGCCUCUGUGCUGAUGGAAGAAAAUUUCAUCAAGCCUGUGGGAGCCCGGAGUGCUGAGGCCAUGAGGAAUGGUGAUCUGGCAGAGCAGUUUUUAGAUGACUCCACUGCGCUCUAUACAUUUGCAGAAAGCUACAAGAAGAAAGUCAGCUCCAAGGAAGAACUUCAUCUUGACAUUCUUGAACUAACUGGCACAAUUGUAAAACAAGGCUUUUUAAUAAAACAGGGGCAUAAGAGGAAAAAUUGGAAGGUGCGACGUUUUGUCCUGAGAGCUGACCCUGCUUUUCUACACUAUUAUGAUCCCACUAAGGAAGAUAAUAGGCCGGUUGGUGGCUUUUCUCUUCGUGGCUGCCUAGUCUCAGCACUAGAGGACAAUGGUGUUCCAACAGGAGUGAAAGGAAAUGUGCAGGGUAACCUCUUCAAAAUCAUCACUAAGAAUGACAUUCACUACUACAUGCAAGCCAGCUCCAAGACAGAAAGAGCACACUGGAUUGAGGCCAUCAAACAGCUAACAUAAGAACCAUAGAAAAGUAUAUUUGGACAAGGGCAAAAUCCAACCUAGCUGACUGCUGUUUGGGCAUACACAAUGAUUGGCUUUUGAGAUGUAUGAGUAAGUCAUUUCUGCUGAGCACACAGCAUGCAUCUGUGUAUAUACUAGGUUUACCUUUGGGUCAUAUUGGCCAUUUACUUCAUUGGAAGCAAUUAUGGUGAAAGGCAGAGAAAGAGUCAAACCGCUGCCCUUAGGGCUGUUUCCCAAGAGUGAGAAAAAGGGGCAAACUUUCAAUGUAUCAUCUUGUUUAUUCCACUAGUGAAAACAUGGCAGAAGGGAAACGGGACCAGUCCCUGUUUCCCUCUUGCAGUGCUUGAGGGCUGAAUGGAGCAAUGGCAUGCUUUCAAAGUUCACUCAUGUGACAGUGAUUUGGGUCCAUCGCCAGCUUCCCAAUUCAUACUACCAUUAAUAUCUACUUCAGCUCUCAGUCCUCUUUCAUCUGGAUUUAUACAAUUCCACAGCCCACUUAAUAUUUGUGGUUCUCAGUUUUUAGAUGUUUUGUUUUAGUUUUGAAUAUUAAACAUUUUACCCUUUUCAUUCUUAAUGCAAAGACUGAUUGGAAGAAAUUCACAGCUACCUCCCCCUUUUCCCAGUGACACCUACUUUAUGCCCAUAGAAAGGUUUAAAAAAAAAAAAAAACCUCCAGGAUGCCUGGCGCAAAAUCCCUUCCAGAUAGUAAAGUGGCAGUCAGCAUUAUCUUGGUUAUACAAGAAAGGGGCGUGAGAGCUGAGCACUGCUCAUCCCUUCCUGCCCUCCCCCUUGCAAUGUGCCUAAGGGCAUUUUCCCACUUACCUUCUGCCCCGUGCUACUGUAGCCAAGUAGUGCGGGGUCUCCCGGCA